AGACAGUCGGAGAAAUGCGCGCUUUAUAUCUCUUACCAAGAGGAAGGAACCGCUAGAUCCGCCCCUGCCCAGUGCAGAUCCGCCUGGGUCUUGUCUUUUAAAUAAAGGUGCUUUUGUUAUGAUGAUCACAGACCCGUGUAGUUUGAUUUCUGAGAGGUUAUUUUGUGGUCUUAUAUGAUGACAGAGAGCUCUUGUGUAUCCGGGAGCCCUCAGCCCUUGAUGUCUCUGGCCCUCAGCGGAGAAUGGACUGCACUGGAACAGAAACUCAAGACACUGGAGAAAGAAGAUCCAGAGAUCUUCCAAAUUGACGAGGAGUCUGGAUUGAGCCUCCUGAUGGUCGCGGUGCGAGAGAGCCAUCUGUCUAUCGUUGAAAGGUUGCUGGAACUGGGGGUCAAUCCAAGUGACAAAACAAAGGAUGGUAGAUCAGCAUUACACAUCGCUGCAGCUCACUCCAAAGAAGAGAUUGUCAAACUACUGGCCAGUAAAACUGAUCCCAAUUUACCAGCAGGGCCCAAUGAUCAGUUGCCCCUGCACUACGCAGUGUCUCGACCGGCCGGAGGUCUCAGAGUCACGCAAACGCUGCUCCAGUUCAGCAGCAAAGAUGCGCGUCUUACACCAGACAAGGACGGCUGCCUUCCACUGCUGCUGGCUGUUGAAGCGGGGAAUGUUGGGAUUGUUCUGGAACUCCUCUCCAACCAAUCAGAGCCACAGCUCAGAGCCGUGAAGGCGGCGAAUGGCGACACGGCACUUCACAUCUGCUGCAGACAGAAAGAUGUUGAGAUGGCCAAAGUUCUGGUGGAGUUUGGAGCGAAUCCGGACUCUCAGAAUAAUGAAUGGCAGACUCCUCUGCACAUCGCCGCUCUGGAAGGAGACGAGAACAUGCUGAAGUUUUUAUACCAUUGCAAGUCCAGUCCCAACAUCUUAGACAAGAUGGACAGAACACCUCUGCUCAUCGCCGCAGAGCGGGGACACACCAACGCAGUCGAGAUCCUCACUGAGAGGUUCAAGUCAUCUGUGUUAGCAAGAACAAAGGACGGCAACACACUUUUGCAUAUCGCAUCUCAGUGUGGUCACCCUGCGACCGCUCUCACGUUACUGAAGAAAGGCGUCUUGCUGCACAUGCCAAACAAGUCAGGGGCGUUAUGUCUUCACGCCGCGGCUAAAAGAGGUCACACGGCUGUAGUGCAUGCUCUGAUCCAGAAGGGAGCGCCUGUGGAUGGCAUGGCUAAAGACGGACAGACGGCGCUUCACAUCGCGGUGGAAAACUGCAAGUCGGAGGUGGUGCAGAUGCUGCUGGGUUUCGGGGCAAAUGUGCAGCUCAGAGGAGGAAAGGCGAGGGAAACCCCUCUGCACAUCGCAGCCAGAGUGAAGGAAGGUGAACAGGUGGCUGAAAUGCUUCUGAAGAGCGGAGCCGAUGUGAACGCAGAGCAGGAGAACGGAGAGAGCGCUAUGCAUGUAGCCGCGCGUCACGGUGCUCUGCAGAUGAUACGAGCGCUGAUCCAGGAGGGCGGAGAUGUGACCUGGAAAUCUAAGGUUGGUGAAAACCCUCUCCACGUUGCGGUACGUCACUGUCACGCUCACGUGGUGGAGGAGAUUUUAAACUCUCUGAGCAAUGAGAGAAGCAGUCAGGAGGCAGAGCUCUGUGUGCGUGAAGGGAACCAGAAGGGCGAGACGCCGCUGCACCUGGCAGCCGAGCUCAGGAGUGAUGCCGUGCAUCAGGUGGACGAGGACACCCGCAUCAUCAAGAUCCUGAUGGAGCAUCAUGCUGACGUCACCGCUGUCACCCGACAGAGUGGAGAGACACCUCUUCAUUACAACGCCAGGGUGGGAAACACUGCCGUUCUUCAGGAGAUGCUCAGUAACGUCCCCUCCAACCAGCUCCAGACCGCCAUCAACAAACACGCCAAGAACGGCUGGUCACCGCUGCUACUGGCUGCAGAGCAGGGUCACACAGAGGUCGUGAAGAUCCUGCUGCAGAACAAUGCUAGAGUGGAUGUGUUUGAUGAGGAGGGGAAGGCCGCCAUUCAUCUGGCUGCAGAACAAGGUCAUCAAGACAUUGUGGACAUCCUGCUAGCCCAUAACGCCUUUGUGAACACCAAGACCAAACUGGGCCUAACGCCUCUGCACCUCAGCGCUCAGAGCGGCUCGGCGCAGCUCGUCAGGUUGCUGGUGGAGACCCAUCAGGCCAGUGUUGAUGCUCUCUCUCUGAAAAAGCAGACGCCGCUGCAUUUGGCAGCCUUCAGUGGACAGCUGGAUGUUUGCAGCAGCCUGUUAAACCUGAAAGCUGACAUCACUGCCACAGAUAUUCAAAAUCAGACUCCUCUUCAUCUAGCGGUGGAGAACGAUCACUCAGAGGUGGUGAAGCUGUUUCUGAGGCACCAGCCAAAAUUAGCCCAGCUAGCUAACAUGGAGGGAGCGACCUGCACACACAUCGCUGCAGCUAAAGGCAGUGUGGCCGUCAUUAAAGAGCUGCUCCUGUUUACUCAAGGACCGGCCACACUCAACAACAAGGCUAAAGGUUUGUGCCCGCUGCAUUUGGCUGCUGCUGGUGGUAAUACGGAGGUAGUGAAAGUUCUUCUGGACGCUGGAGCAUCAGUGACAGAGGAGGACACCGAUGGCAUGACAGCAAUUCAUUUGGCUGCCAAGAAUGGACACACUCAUAUUCUGGAGGUGCUGAAAGACAGCAUUUCACUGAAGAUCCAGAGCUCCAAGACGGGUUUGACAGCUCUGCAUGUGGCAGCCUGUUUCGGACAGGUGGACUUCGUGAGAGAAAUCCUGACUAAAGUUCCAGCUACAAUACGCAGUGAAUUUCCCUCUAACAGCGACAGUGCCAGCGGCAAAGACGAUGUGAAGAGACAACAGCUGUUAGCUGAGUCAGGUUACACUCCUCUGCACCUGGCGGCUCAGUCCGGUCAUGAAAACAUGGUUCGCUUGUUGCUGAAUUCUUCUGGUGUUCAGGCCGAUGCUGAGACAAACAUUCAGGGCUCAAGUCCUCUGCACCUGGCGGCUCAGAAUGGACACACGUCUUUGGUUGGGCUGCUGCUCAGCCGCUCUGGAUCUCUGCUGCACCUGACCGACAAACACGGAUGUACCUGUCUGCAUCUGGCCUCUGCACAUGGACACGUGGCCAUGGUGAGAGUCCUGCUGGGACAGGGAGCUGAGAUCAACCACAAGGACACGAGUGGCUUGACACCGCUGCAUUACGCAGCUAAAGCCGGCUUUCUGGAGGUGGUGUCAAUCCUGGUUGAGAGUGGAGCGUCAGUGUGUGUCGAAUGUCAUGUCGGAUGGACACCGCUGCAGUACGCUGCUCAGGAGAACCAUGAGAAAACCGUCAUCUUCCUGCUCAGACAAGAGAAGAACAUACUCCAAUUGCUGGACGACAAGAAGUUUGUGUUCAAUCUGAUGGUGUGCGGCCGGAUGAAUGAUAAUCUGGCUCUGGAGGAGUUGGUUCUUCAUUCUCCUGCUCCUCUGGACACGUGCGUCCGUCUGUCGCGAGCUCUGACUCUUACUGCGCUCAGAGAGAAGGUGCGCUCCAUCGACCUGCAUGCCGCCGCGCUCCACUGUGAGCUCAUGGCUUCUGACCUCCUGACCCUCGCUGCCUCAACCGGGGGUCAUGGCGCAGGUCUGAUCCUCAGGGCUGUGGAUCACCGGGGUGCCAGCAUGCUGGACUGCUUGAUCGAGGGAGAGCAGAAGGCCGUGGUGUCCCAUCCGGCGGUGCAGAUGUACCUGACAGAAGUGUGGCGUGGAGGCCUGCAGUGGAAUUCAUGGAAGAUCCUGCUGCUGUUCUUCUGUUUGCUGCUCUUCCCUCCGCUGUGGCUGGCGAUCUCACUGCCACUCAGACACCGCUUCAACACCAUCCCAGUCAUGAAGUUAAUGAGUCAUCUGGUGUCGCACGUCUUCCUGUUGGUCCUGUUCAUCUUAACAAUCGUGUAUCCGCCCGUGAGUCCUCUGUCUGAGGGCCGUCUGGUGCCCGGCUGGUCGGAGUGUCUGUUGCUGAUCUGGCUUUGUGGGAUGCUGGUAUCCGAGCUGACCUUCCCAGGUGAGCGUGCUGGAUUAGCGUGGAUUGGUCUUCUUCUACUGGGUUUUUCCACCGCGGCUCUGCUGUGCCACCUGCUGGCGGUCUUCACCCAAUGGUGGCCACCAGUGAACCUGCACUGCCUGUUUGCUAGAAACGUCCUGCUGGCCGUGGCAAUGACACUGGGAUUCAUCCAGCUGCUGGAGUUCCUCACGUUCCAUCACUUAUUUGGCCCAUGGGCUAUAAUAAUCAGAGACUUGAUGAAGGAUCUGUGCCGGUUCGUUGUGAUCCUCAUGUUGUUCCACACUGCCUUCACGCUGAGUCUCACUGCUUUGUGUCAGCCGUAUCCACAUGAUUGGAAAAACAGCACUGGUAACGGCACGCAAGUGACCAUUCCGGGUCCUUUAAAUGUGUCUGUGCUGCUCUUCUUCGCUUUGUUUGGUUUAACUGAGCCAAAAGAAAUUCCCAUCGUGGAGCAUUCACCUGCUGCCAUGGAGUUUUUGGCUAAAACGGUAUUUAGUGUGUAUCUGGUGGUGACUUCCAUCGUGUUGAUCAACCUCCUCAUCGCCAUGAUGAGCGACACGUACCAGCGUAUCCAAGCUCAGUCCGACACGGAGUGGAAGUACGGCCGCGCCAUUCUUAUCCGCGAUAUGAGCCGCAAGUCUGGAAUUCCGUCUCCGUUCAACCUAUUCAGCAAACUCUUCUACUCCAUCAAGCUUCUCUGCAAACGUGCAGGGAAGAGCUGCUCUGUGGAGUGUCCUAAUGUGAUGAAUGAGGAUGAAGACACUGAAGGUUUGACAGACGUGCGUUCUCUAGAGCAGCUGGGUCAAGCAUCUGUCAGCUUCAGAGGAAACAAGACGACACAGAUCCUCCCAGAGGGCGGUCAGAUUGUGAUGUCCAUGUCUGGAGGACAGGAGCACGUGGAGAAUGUUGUGGAUUGGCCGUCUGUGGUCCAGCAGUUUUUAGCCCAGCGCAGACAGAGGGACAGAUCACAGCUGGAGAGAGAUGAAUGAAUGAUGACCAUUUCACCAUGACAGAUGAAUUUGUACUGCCUAUUAACAUCAGACCAACCACCUGAGCCCACAUCACUUCAGCUUCCUGAAGAACACCUUAGCAUUAGCAUAUCACAGCAUGUGCCUUUAGCUGAUAUCCAUUCCUCACUAGUCACUUUAAUGAAGAUGCCAUUUACACUAGGGGUCCAAAUUUUGUUUGUUUUUGAAAGAAGUUUCUUCUGCUCACCAAGGUUGAAUUCCUUUGAUCAAAAAUAAUACAGCAAAAAACUUAAUAUUGUGAAAUAUUGUUAAAAUUGAAAAUAACUUUUCUAGACUAGUCAGAAAUUUUCCUGCUCAACAAACAUUUCUUAUUAUCAUCAGUGUUGAAUACAGUUUUUAUGAAAACAGGAUAAAUGCCUUUACUGUCACUUUUGAUCAAUUAAAUUCAUCCUGGCUGAAUAGAAGUGCUAAUUUCUUUAAAAAAAAUCUUACAUACCCCCAAACUUUUGAAUGAAUAUACUUGUUAUUAGAUUUGAGGUAUUUCUACUUAGGAUCAUAAAUGUGUUUUAUGGGCUGAUGCUAGAAAGAUAACAGAAGGAAACCAAUUGCAAUACUUGCUUUUGUUUUUUGAAGUUGAAAAAACUGGGGAAAAAACACUGCUAGGGCAAUUUUUUUUAAAUAUUAUUUUGUGUUUUUUUAUAAUUGACAAUAAAAAAAAUCAUUUAUUUUAAUUUAAAUGACACAUGCUAAAUAUAGGAGCAUGCUAUAUAUAGCUGUAUAAUCACUGUGCACCAUUAUAGAAAUUAUACAAAUGUGAUUUUAGGGCUCACAAAUUGUUAAAGUUGCAUUUAUGUCAUGUCAGAAUCACCAUAGUUUAUUUCCAAGAUCACAAAAAGAACAUCAUGCUCAGAGCUGUUCAUUUCUGGAAACUCGAAUUAAUGCUCAUAUUGCCAAAACAUAUCCAAGUACAGGUCAGGCGAGUUUGCUGGCCAAUUAAGAACUGGGAUACCAUGGUCCUUAAUCCAGGUACUGUUAUCUUGGCUCUGUGUGCAGAUGCUAAGUACUGUUGGAAAAUAAAAUCUGCAUCUCCAUAAAAUUGGUCAGCAGCAGGAAGCAUGAAGUCCUCUGAAACUUCCUGGUAUACAAAUGCGUUGACCUUGGACCAUAGAAUACACAGUGGACCAACACCAGCAGGUGACAUGGCACCACAAACCAUCACUAAUUGUGGAAACUUUACACUGGAUCUCAAGCAACGUGGCUUGUGUUGCUUCUUACAUUGUCUGUUUUUCAAGAGUGGCUUGACACAAGGAAUGUGACAGCUGAAACCCAUGUUUUGCAUACAUUUGUGUUUAAUGGUUCUUGAAGCACUGACUCCAGCUGCAGUCCAUUUUU